UGUCUCAGAGGGGAAUAAGCUCAUUUCGUCAUUGCAACUAAUAUAUUCAAAAAUGAUAUCAUUCAUAUCAAAUGAUUCAAAGAUGUAUUAUUAUGUAGUUAGACGUCAAGCGCGACAGUUUUAUUUCAUAACAGAAUCAGUUUGUUACUCUCAAGUAGAAAAGAAAUUGCGCUGUACAUGUAAUAAUGGCAGAAAUAGAGAUUGCAUCGCACGAAAGUUGGUUUAAUUGGACAAAAUAUUCACACAUGCUGCUGCGAUCAAUUGAAAAGUCGAUUUUAGCACAUCUACGACUUCCGUACCGGGGUAUGUUUGUGGACAUUGGGCCUUGUGUCGGAGAGGCUGAUAAAAUAUGGACGAUUUCAAUGAAUAGUGAGUCAAACCGAACACCGAUACUCAUGCUACACGGUCUAGGUGCAGGCGUUGCUCUUUGGGUGCUCAAUCUGGAUGAAAUUGCCAAACAAAGGCCACUUUACGCUAUUGACAUUCUUGGAUUUGGUAGGAGCUCUCGUCCAAUGUUCGCAGAAGAUGCUAUGGUAGCCGAAAAACAAUUGGUGAAAUCUAUAGAUGAAUGGCGUAAAGAAAUGGGAUUAAAAGAAAUGAUCGUUCUUGGCCAUUCUUUAGGAGGUUUCUUGGCAACUAGUUAUACCUUGUCAUAUCCUGAUCGAGUAAAACAUCUUAUACUGGCGGACCCUUGGGGGUUCUCCGAAGAACCACCUGAUCAUGAAAAACGAUUUAAAAUAAGUUGGUGGGGAAAACCUUUGGUGGCCUUAGCAAAAUCAACAAAUCCUCUUUGGAUUGUUCGUUUUUUUGGACCUUUAGGAUCAUGGCUGAUUGGAAAGACUCGUCCUGAUAUUCUUAGGAAAUUUUCUGGAGUGGUUACAAAUCCAGAUGAUAUCCCAAACUAUAUUCAUCAAUGCAACGCACAAAAACCAACCGGCGAGAGUGCUUUUCACACAAUGAUGCAGGGCUUAGGUUGGGCCAAAAAUCCCAUGAUUAGGCGAAUAACACAAUUGAAGAAUAACGUUCCGAUAACGUUUUUGUAUGGUUCGCGUUCCUGGGUUUACAAUAAUGCUGCCGACACGAUUAGGCAACUUCAGCAACAUGAUUACAUUAAGAUGCAUUCUAUAGAGAACGCUGGACAUCAUGUAUAUGCGGACGAUGCAGGCACUUUUAACAGGUUAGUUAACGAAGCUUGUGCCUUGUGCGACGCAGAACAACUGACAACCGAACAAAUAAAAGGAACUAAGAGUACAAAAGAUACGUGAAAGUAUCGAAAUAUUUACUGUACGUUCGUGCAAUCUAUUUCAAUAGAUAUAUUAGUUAAUAGACAAAAUUGCUUAAUAAAUAAUAUUUGCAAUAAACAUUUA